AUGUCUGGAACAAGAACCCAAUUAGCUGAUUCAUCAACGUCGCCAACAUUGAGUGAUGGACGGCGUUUAGAUUACGGUAGCCUGAAGUUUGCUUACGUGGACGGGUCUGACGACGAGGGCGGAUCUGUGACCCCCGAGCUUCCGUCGUGCGUGUAUGCUGCAGCUAGAGGCAGACUACAAUUACCUCUAGCAGCCUAUGUACACCAGCAUACCAGACAACUACACUCAGAUGCUUUGUUGGAGUCAGCAGUGGAGCCGGACUACCAAUGCGGAGGCUCUCCAUAUCGUGUUCAGCGCGCUGCAGCAAACGUACGGGAGCGAAGACGCAUGCUGAGGUCCGGCCCCAAUGGGUAG